UUUUACAUAAGACAAAGAAGAAGAAGAAGAAGAAUUGUGGGAUAGCAAUGGCUGCUCCCUAGUCCGUAAAUAUACGCGUUGUGUUUACGAAAGACGAAGCAUAAAUAUACUUUGUUUGACGGCGACAGAACGUUCAUUGGCUUUUCGACUGACAGUACAUUAGCUGGAGCAAAUCAACUUGUUGAAACAUUUUCUGUGUUUUUUUAAAGAAAUAAUUGCAGUUUACAGCAGUUUUGUGACGGACGCGUCAGAGCAGAGCCUGCUAGCUAACCGGCUAGUUACAGCGAGUUGCUCUGUUUGAGACCAUGGAUGACGAAGUGUCCAUUCAUAGACUAGAAGGAAGUGAUCUGUCUUCUCAAGUUGGUGGACUGAUUGUAAAGAAGAAGAGUGCCGCUUCGGAGCAGCAUGUUUUCCGGGCUCCCACUCCACGCACAUCUUUGCUGGGCUUGGACCUGUUGGCAGCCCAGAAAAGGAAAGAGCGUGAGAGUAAGGAAGAGACUGAUGCCAGUGGUGAUGAUAGAAAUAAAAAGAAGUCAAAGAUUUCCUCCUACAAGGACUGGGAGGAAAAUAAAAGCGACUCUGGAUCUGAUGAAGAGGAUGAUGAUGAUGAUGAGAACAGAAGCGCUAAGAAGGAGAGCAGGAAGUAUCGUGUGAUUGGCUCAGAGACGCCCUCAAACCCUGGAGGAGUAAGUGAAGAGUUCAAACGAAGACACCAGCAGAGAGAGAAAGACAGACGUGAGCACGGCCUCUACGUCUCUUCCAAAGAGGACAGGAACAAAGAAAGAGAAAAAUCCAGAGAUAAGGGUAGAGACCGAAGGUCUGAAAGAGAUGAGCGAGAGAGCCGUGGCAGCAGCAGUCGCUCAGAGCGUGGGGAACGCAGUGAAAGGAGUGAGCGCUCCCAGAGAGAUGGGUGGUCUGAUCGCAUCAGCCGGGGGAAUAAACGAGAUGAGCCUGCAACACCCCAGAAUCGGCCAAGAGAUGGUUCUACACCCUCAAGAUCCAACUGGGAUGAAGAUGACAGUGGUUACUCAAGUUCACGACAUUCCCAGUGGGAAUCUCCAUCCCCCGCCUUAUCUCACAGAGAGUCGGAUCGCUCAGAGCGAAGCCAUCGCUCUGGCAGAGAAAGUGAAAGGAGACAGGACAGGUCAGUCAGAGCCCGUUAUCCUGAAGACACACCUCUGCCCACCCCGUCCUACAAGUAUAAUGAGUGGGCCAAUGACAGGAAGCAUUUGGGUUCUACACCUCGUUUAUCACAAGGAAAAGCUAAAAGAGAAGAUGGGGGAUUUAUGUUUGAUGAUGAAGAGGAGAAAGAACAGUGGGAGGAGGACCAAAAGCAAGCUGACAGAGAUUGGUACAUGAUGGAUGAAGGCUAUGAUGAGUUCCACAACCCUUUCACAUCUACCUCUGAUGAAUAUGUAAAGAAGAGAGAGCAGAUCCUUCAGAAGCAGACUCAGAAGAGAAUAUCUGCCCAAAAGCGACAGAUUAACGAGGAUAAUGAACGAUGGGAGACCAACCGAAUGCUAACCAGUGGUGUGGUGCAAAGGUUGGAGGUGGAUGAAGACUUUGAAGAGGACAAUGCUGCUAAGGUUCACCUGCUGGUUCACAACCUGGUUCCUCCCUUCCUGGAUGGAAGAAUAGUCUUUACCAAACAGCCAGAGCCGAUUGUUCCUGUGAAAGAUCCAACCUCUGACAUGGCCAUCAUCUCUAGAAAGGGCAGCCAUCUUGUCCGGAAACAUCGUGAACAAAAAGAACGCAAGAAGGCACAACAUAAACACUGGGAACUAGCUGGCACCAAAUUGGGAGAUAUCAUGGGAAUCAAGAAGACUGAGGAGGAAGAUAUGUCUGGAGGCAAACCAGUGGGCGAGGAUGGCAAAGUAGAUUACAGAGCAGAACAGAAAUUUGCAGACCACAUGAAAGAGAAGACUGAGGCCAGCAGUGAGUUUGCUAAGAAGAAGAGCAUCCUGGAGCAGAGGCAGUACCUGCCCAUCUUUGCUGUCAGACAACAGCUUCUGAACAUCAUCAGGGAUAACAGUAUAGUGAUUGUUGUUGGGGAGACGGGCAGUGGAAAGACAACCCAGUUGACUCAGUACCUACAUGAGGAUGGAUACACCAGCUACGGCAUGGUGGGUUGCACUCAGCCCCGACGAGUGGCAGCCAUGAGUGUCGCCAAGAGAGUCAGCGAGGAGAUUGGCACCAACCUUGGAGAGGAGGUGGGAUAUGCAAUUCGUUUUGAGGACUGCACAUCUGAGAAGACGAUGAUCAAGUACAUGACAGAUGGCAUCCUGCUCAGAGAGUCACUGAGGGAGUCGGACCUGGACCACUAUAGUGCUGUUAUCAUGGAUGAGGCCCAUGAACGCUCCCUGAAUACUGAUGUGCUCUUUGGCUUACUGCGUGAGGUUGUGUCCAGACGCACCGAUUUAAAACUCAUCGUUACAUCUGCAACUAUGGACUCGGACAAGUUUGCAUCAUUUUUUGGCAAUGUCCCGAUAUUUCAUAUUCCAGGAAGAACCUUUCCAGUAGACAUCUUGUUUAGUAAGACGCCUCAGGAGGACUAUGUGGAGGCAGCAGUAAAGCAAGCCUUGCAGAUUCACCUCAGUGGGUUAAUGGGAGACAUCCUCAUCUUCAUGCCUGGGCAGGAGGAUAUCGAGGUGACAUCGGAUCAGAUUAUAGAACGUCUGGAGAACUUGGAGAAUGCUCCUCCUCUGGCUGUGCUGCCCAUUUACUCCCAGCUGCCUUCGGACCUACAGGCCAAGAUCUUCCAGAAGGCUCCAGAUGGUGUAAGGAAAUGCAUUGUGGCGACAAACAUCGCUGAGACUUCGCUCACUGUGGAUGGCAUCAUGUUCGUUGUUGAUGCAGGAUAUUGCAAACUUAAGGUUUUCAAUCCUCGCAUUGGAAUGGAUGCUCUGCAGAUUUAUCCAAUCAGCCAGGCUAAUGCCAACCAGCGUUCUGGAAGAGCAGGACGUACAGGACCAGGGCAGUGUUACAGGCUCUACACUCAGAGUGCUUAUAAGAACGAGAUGCUGACUACCACCAUACCAGAGAUCCAGCGGACCAAUCUGGCCAAUGUAGUCCUGCUGCUGAAGUCUCUGGGUGUUCAGGAUUUGCUGCUCUUUCAUUUUAUGGAUCCACCCCCUGAGGACAACAUGCUAAACUCCAUGUACCAGCUCUGGAUCUUGGGAGCCCUGGACAACACAGGUGCUCUGACGCCAACCGGCCGUCUGAUGGUGGAGUUUCCCCUCGACCCUGCCCUCUCCAAGAUGUUGAUUGUAUCCUGCGACAUGGGCUGCAGCGCUGACAUUCUCAUCGUCGUGUCCAUGUUGUCUGUGCCAGCCAUCUUCUACAGACCUAAGGGUCGUGAGGAGGAGAGCGACCAGGUGAGGGAGAAGUUCUCCAUCCCAGAGAGCGACCACCUCACGUACCUCAAUGUGUACACGCAGUGGAAGAACAACAAUUAUUCCAGCAUAUGGUGCAACGAUCACUUCAUCCACACAAAGGCCAUGCGCAAGGUGCGGGAGGUGCGCUCCCAGCUAAAGGACAUCAUGGUGCAGCAGAGGAUGAACCUGGUUUCCUGUGGUUCAGACUGGGACAUCAUCAGAAAGUGCAUAUGUGCUGCUUACUUCCACCAGGCUGCCAAGCUCAAGGGCAUCGGUGAGUAUGUGAACGUGAGGACGGGCAUGCCAUGCCACCUGCAUCCCACCAGCUCCCUGUUUGGCAUGGGCUACACUCCUGACUACAUCAUCUACCACGAGCUCGUAAUGACCACCAAGGAGUACAUGCAGUGCGUGACUGCAGUGGAUGGUGAGUGGCUGGCAGAACUUGGACCCAUGUUUUACAGCAUUAAACAUGCUGGAAAAAGCAGACAGGAAAACCGUCGGAGGGCAAAGGAGGAGAUCACCAACAUGGAGAAAGAGAUGGUUCUGGCGGAGGAGCAGCUGCGAGCUCGCAGAGACGAACAGGAGAAGAAGAGCAACAUCGGCAGCACUAAGGCAGUGAAAAUCUGCACACCAGGGCGGCGAGAGGAGGCCCCCAUGACGCCCAGACGGACCCCGGCUCGCUUUGGACUGUAACGCCUUUUAGAAGCUAAAGCCUGGCCACUACCGUGGCUUGUUUGGACCCAUGAUCAUGCAGCCAUGGCCCAUACUAGUACUACAACCUGUAAUAUCCAGCUGCCGUUUGCCCUGCCCAGCAUCUCCCCAAUAAACUGCGGUUCCUCUACAGACCACUAGAGUGAGAACUUGUAUAAGGCACAAGACUGGAAGAUGAGCCAGGUCCAGUAGAACGCCUCCCUCCACCUCCAUCAGCUAGUACCUAUUUCUAUGACACAUUGUAAAGAAGCUGGAAGAAUAGAUACGUUGUUUUUGCAUAUACAGGUCGGCACUAAGCUCUUUUUGUGCAUCAGCAGAGGGAAACUAAUUCUGUCUUGUGUUUUUUAACUAGCUUUUCCUGUAACUUAAACAGCUUGUGCGCCCCCAGUGAAGUGCUGCUCUACAGGCUGAAGCGCUAUUCAAACUGUACUUGUGUUCCAAGUGUCUUCAGACUCUAAUAUACUCAAAUAUAUACACAUCACACUCACGCAUGCUCCGGAAAGUUUCGCUAACCUUGUUCCAACAAUGUCUUUUAAUACAGCUAUGCUUCACAUUAGACAUCAGCGUGCUGGGUUCUCGCAGCCUUUGUGGUUUUCCUCUGAACAACGGUGAAGUGCUUUCUUUUAAAUGGGUUAAUGUACUUUUGUUGAUGUCUCUCGUCUGCCCUCACCUGAUCAGAACAUUGUGCAGCUUCAGACAGACUGGUCUCUCUGUGACAGAACAGUUUAGUGAAGGCCAUGUUUGUAUAGUGCUUUGUGUUGUCUCGGCGCUCAGACAGCAGGGGACAGCUCAGUGAUGGCUUUUUUUGUACUCUUAAUAUCUUUUGUAAAUGGAAAAAAAUAAAAUAAAUGUUAGCUAUUUUUUUUAA